UGGAGUGCGUCUGUGCGUGGUCAGGCACCGUUAGUCGUUACCAAACGCCGGGUGCGUUUUACACACUCCCUGUUCCUCCCAUCAAACAACCUUCGGGCAUUUCCCCCUCUUCCUCCACUUUUCUCCCAGCUCUGCACACCGUAAGCCCGUAGCCAUGUUUGCUCCAGCAGCUCGUCUUGCGAGCAAACGGUUUCUCGAGAUCCGCCAGAUAUUCCGUCAGUCUCCCCAGAGCUCUCGUUCUUUCUCCACUGCCCUAAAUUACCACAUCGAUUCUCCGGAUAACAAUCGCGACCUUCCUUGGGAGUUCAGCGAGGCUAAUAAGGAGAAGGUUAAGGAGAUAUUGUCUCAUUAUCCAUCCAACUACAAGCAAUCUGCAGUUAUCCCUCUACUGGAUCUUGCACAGCAACAGCAUGGAGGGUGGCUACCAGUAUCAGCAAUGAAUGCAGUGGCUAAGAUUAUAGAGGUUGCUCCUAUACGUGUAUAUGAAGUUGCAACAUUUUAUUCAAUGUUCAACCGGUCAAAGGUUGGUAAGUACCAUCUACUGGUCUGUGGUACAACACCUUGUAUGAUACGUGGUUCACGUGAAAUAGAAGAGGCCUUACUGAAACACCUGGGAGUUAAGCGCAAUGAAAUAACAAAGGAUGGCAUGUUUUCUGUUGGGGAAAUGGAGUGCAUGGGAUGUUGUGUAAAUGCUCCAAUGAUUACAGUGGCUGACUAUUCCAAGGGUUCAGAAGGGUACACCUAUAAUUAUUAUGAAGAUGUCACUCCAAAGCGGGUAGUUGAGAUUGUUGAGAUGUUAAGAAGGGGGGAAACUCCACCAGUUGGCACGCAGAAUCCUCUGCGCAUAAAGAGUGGACCAGAAGGAGGGAACACAACUUUGCUAGGUGAGCCAAAGCCUCCCCCAUGCAGGGACCUUGAUGCCUGCUAAAUUCUAAGAUGAAAAAAGUUUUUUUUUUUCUCCUUCAAUAAUGCAAAAUUUGGAUAUUCCUUGGCAUCUCUGUGGCAGAAGCUCUUAUCUUUGUUUUAUGCUUAACCAUGAAGCUGUUCUCUAGUCUCUACCAGUAUAGUUUCCACCGGAGAUUAAUUUGGUUUAAUCCAUUUUCUGUUCGAUCGUGAGUUCCAACUUACAACUUCAUUUGUUCACUUGUACUGAUAAUUUAUAUGGAAACUGUUUAUUGAUUCCCUUGAACUUUAAAA